GUCCGGUCCGCCGUGUGGGGUGCAGUGUUCCGAAACCCGUUCUUGUAUGUCAACGCGUUAACCUGCCAUCAAGAUGGCCAUGCAGAAGAAGCCCAUGGACGAAUUUGAGGAGGAAUUCGUCAAGCUGGAAAUUGAAGCCAUCGCCUCUAAGUACAAAUUCGACGAAAGUUUGCGCGGCAAAUGGAUGUUGUUCUUCAACCACGAUUACAUGGACGACAUGUGGGCUAAGGCCGUAGAGCUCUACAGCGCUGGAGAGCUGCCCGGCAUCAUCUCCAUCAAGACGUCAACAGCCGCUCCGUGCGAGCGUUCUGGUACGACGGAAUACGGAGCAAUACGCUUCACGUGUGGGCCUCACACGGACCGCGAACGAAUUCUCCAAUACGGGCAGCAGCUGGUGAAGAAAAUGCAGUAUUUCAAUGUUGAUUUCGGAUUCGUUGCCUACAAGACUGAUGGCCAGUCGAGGAUCGGGACAAAGGCUACUGGAGCUACGAAGAAUUACCUGUACCGCAUGCCCGUGCCCACCUAUGAUCAUUUAGAUCAGAGAUCGGGCAAUAGGACGGAACCCCCCAUAGAAGUGCCGUCGCGGAUGUGGACUCGCCAGUGGGUCACUGAAGUGGUGGGAGAUUACAUCGAGGAUCCUGCAGUUCUUGAAGAUUAUGCGAGAUGGACCACGCAUUUCACUAAAGGAACCCCUCAUGACUCAGCAUGGGUGAGAGCUUGCCGCCUCUACCGCAGUGGAGAACUGGAAGACGUCGCGUACAUGCAAACGUCGACAGCCAAACCCGCGCCGGGCAAAGAGAACGUAAAAGAGGGAGUAAUAUUUUUCUACUCCCGAGACAACCUUUCGCCGUCAAAAUUGCAGCAAUGCGGAAAAAAUCUUGUGCAAAAACUUAAUUACUCAUCGAGGCAUAGGGAGCUAUUAUGUGGGUCUUACAAGACGGGCCGGACCUGGGUUGUACUGUGCCGGGUUCCCACUCUUGAAUAGUGAACUCAACCCUGCGCCGUAUGCCUACACAUUAACACUCAUUCAUCAGCAUCUCUACUGAACCAUGUUUAGCCUUCUACCUAUGAAUUAUUCGCCUUUAGCAACUUGUCCCGAGAAAGAGCUGUGUACCCCGGUGAAAUUUGUUCAAAUUUCAUAUCUCAUUACUCCUUCUUUCGGUUAAAAUUUAAUUCAACGCAAUAAGGGGUUUUUUUGCAGAUAUUAACACCGUGUUAACAAUAUCAUGCCGUGAUAUUAAUCUAGAUAGACAGACCAGUUAUGAAAGCAUUGACGUUUAUAUCAGGAAUUAUUUACCUACUAUUUAUUAAAUUGUAUUAAUUA